GACGUUGAUUGUUUUAACCGUGACACCGAAUAAAUGCGUUCCAGUUCACUUGCAUCUUCUUAAUAAACCAGAUCCUUAAUUUUGACACCUAUCCACGAAAAAAUCAUGUCUUCAACCGACACAAUCCUCCUCCUAGGCGGCACUGGCAAAGUAGGCAGCCGCAUCGCGCCCCUCCUCAAAGCCGCCAACGUUCCCGCUCUCAUCGCCUCGCGCUCCGGAAAAUCGCUUGCAGGACUCCCAGGCAUCAAAUUCGACUGGGAAAACGAAUCAACAUGGGAGGCCACCUUCGCGAACUCCGCAACUCCCAUCAAGGCCGUAUUUCUCGUCUCACCGUUAAGUUCUCACCCAGAAACCAUCAUGAACAAAUUCGUCGACUUCGCCGUCGCGAAGGGUGCCAAGCGCUUCGUUCUUCUCGGCGCUAGCUCGAUAGAAGAGGGAGGUCCGUGGAUGGGUCUCACGCACAAGUAUCUGCGUGAGCAGGGCGACCAAGGGAAGCUUGAGUGGGCUGUAUUGAGACCGACAUGGUUCCAACAAAACUUCUCGGAAGGCGGCCACGUCUUCGCAUUGAAGUCGGAGAGCAAGCUAUACUCCGCCAGCGGAAGCGGCAAAAUCCCGUUCAUCAACGCGGAGGACAUCGCCGCCGUGGGCUUCCACGCCCUGACGUCGCCUCAGCCGCCCAACACUGAUUACAUCAUUUUAGGCUCGGAACUGCUCUCGUAUUCCGAUCUCGCAGCAAUCUUCUCCGCCGUGCUAAACCGGCCAGUCGAGUACGUCGAGCUGAGCGAGGCAGAACUAGCAGCGCGGUGGUCGCCGUUCAUGGAGCCAGAGUAUGCCCGUACCCUGGCUGCCAUGGACACGGAUAUCAAGAACGGCGCCGAGAACCGGACCAACGACGUCGUGCGGACCGUCACCGGGAAGGAGCCGCGGAAGUUUAGGGACUUCGUUGAGGAGAACAAGGCUGUUUGGCUUUGAAUUACUUAGUCUGAGUUAAAUUGAGUAGGAUCGCGUGUUACGCAUUGGUUUUUGGUUUGUGGAGUGGGAUCAAUUGGGUAGGUGGUUUCGGAAGGAUUUGUGGGAGAGAUGGAAUUGGAGGGAAGAGGUCGAAUGUAGUACUGUUGGUUAGUGGCGUCUGUUAGCAAUAGAUAGUCUCUCACUGGUAACCGCGUCUACCGUAGAACCUUUCCAACACGCGACACCACUUGAUGUAAAUGCCAGACAUAUUCCAAUGCGGCCCUACUGAUAUUAGCGUAGCAAGCGUAGGUAAUGUUGAUUUCUGUUACCGAUGAAAUCUCGCAUACCUCGUAUGUAUCGCUACGUUCAUUUCCACUGUCACAUUAGCAAGAUAUAACCCAGUCUUCAUAGAUACUAGACAUCCUUCAUUCAAUGUCCAUGCUCAUUUCGU